CAGUGGCGGGAGAGGGGGUGGGGUGGAGCACGGGCCUAGUGGAGAGGUUGAGGAGCCCGAAAGAAAAGGCGGACUCUUGGGCGUGGAAGAAAAGCUGAGAACCUUGAGCUCGGAGUGUGUGGCGGAGUGCGGGAGCCCUUUGGGAAAGGGGUAAGAACGGACUUGUGAGAAGGAGUUCUGUUCUACUUGGGGAGAAUUACAAAGGCUUUCUUCGAUGUUCAUGUAAACUGAUUACUUCAUACAUUUUAAAAGGUUAAGAAAUUCCUACAGGAGUUUUAUCAGGAUGAUGAAUUUGGCAAGAAACAGUUCAAAUAUGGGAACCAGUUGGUUCGACUGGCUCAUCGGGAGCAAGUGGCAAUGUACGUAGACCUAGACGAUGUAGCUGAGGACGACCCUGAGUUGGUGGACUCCAUCUGUGAGAACGCCAGGCGCUAUGUAAGGCUCUUCGCCGACGCUGUGCAGGAGCUGCUUCCUCAGUACAAGGAGAGGGAGGUGGUAAACAAAGAUGUUCUGGAUGUUUACAUCGAGCACCGGCUGAUGAUGGAGCAGCGUAGCCGUGACCCUGGGGCAGCCCGAAGCCCGCAAAACCAGUACCCCCCUGAGCUCAUGCGCAGAUUCGAGCUGUACUUUCAAGGCCCAAGCAGUAACAAGCCUCGUGUGAUCCGGGAAGUGCGGGCUGACUCUGUGGGGAAAUUGGUCACUGUGCGUGGAAUUGUCACUCGUGUCUCUGAAGUCAAACCCAGAAUGGUGGUGGCCACUUACACUUGUGACCAGUGUGGGGCGGAGACCUACCAGCCGAUCCAGUCCCCUACUUUCAUGCCUCUGAUCAUGUGCCCGAGCCAAGAGUGCCAGACCAACCGCUCAGGAGGGCGGCUGUAUCUGCAAACACGCGGCUCCAAAUUCAUCAAAUUCCAGGAGAUGAAGAUGCAGGAACAUAGUGACCAAGUGCCUGUGGGAAACAUCCCUCGGAGCAUCACGGUGCUGGUAGAAGGCGAGAACACGAGGCUCGCCCAGCCCGGGGACCACGUCAGUGUCACUGGUAUCUUCUUGCCGAUCCUGCGCACUGGGUUCCGACAGGUAGUACAGGGUCUCCUCUCUGAAACCUACCUGGAGGCCCAUCGGGUCGUGAAGAUGAACAAGAGCGACGACGACGAGGCUGUGGCAGGAGAGCUGAGCGCGGAGGAGCUGAGGCACAUUGCAGAGGAGGAUUUCUAUGAGAAGCUGGCGGCCUCCAUCGCCCCAGAGAUCUAUGGGCACGAAGACGUGAAAAAGGCUCUGCUGCUUCUGCUGGUGGGAGGGGUCGACCAGUCUCCUCGGGGCAUGAAGAUCAGGGGCAACAUCAACAUCUGCCUGAUGGGGGAUCCCGGUGUGGCCAAGUCUCAGCUCCUGUCUUACAUCGAUCGCCUGGCGCCCCGCAGCCAGUACACCACGGGCCGGGGCUCCUCGGGAGUGGGGCUCACAGCAGCUGUGCUCAGAGACUCGGUGACCGGAGAGCUGACCUUGGAGGGCGGGGCCCUGGUGCUGGCCGACCAGGGCGUGUGCUGCAUCGACGAGUUUGACAAGAUGGCGGAGGCCGACCGCACGGCCAUCCACGAGGUCAUGGAGCAGCAGACCAUCUCCAUUGCCAAGGCCGGCAUUCUCACCACGCUCAACGCCCGCUGUUCCAUCCUGGCUGCCGCCAACCCUGCCUAUGGGCGCUACAACCCUCGCCGCAGCCUGGAGCAGAACAUACAGCUUCCUGCUGCCCUGCUCUCCCGAUUCGACCUCCUGUGGCUGAUCCAGGACCGGCCUGACCGGGACAAUGACUUACGGUUGGCCCAGCACAUCACCUACGUGCACCAGCACAGCCGCCAGCCCCCAGCCCAGUUUGAACCCUUGGACAUGAAGCUGAUGAGACGUUACAUCGCCACGUGCCGGGAGCAGCAGCCCACGGUGCCGGAGUCUCUGGCCGACUACAUCACGGCCGCGUACGUGGAGAUGAGGCGGGAGGCCUGGGCCAGCAAGGACGCCACCUACACUUCCGCCCGGACCCUGCUGGCCAUCCUGCGGCUGUCCACGGCUCUGGCGCGGCUGCGGAUGGUGGACACGGUGGAGAAGGAAGAUGUGAACGAAGCCAUCAGGCUCAUGGAGAUGUCCAAGGACUCCCUGCUGGGCGACAAGGGGCAGGCGGCGAGGACCCAGAGGCCUGCGGAUGUGAUAUUUGCCACUGUGCGGGAGCUGGUCUCCGACGGCCGGAGCGUGCGCUUUGCAGAGGCGGAGCAGCGCUGCAUCUCCCGGGGCUUCACCCCUGCCCAGUUCCAAGCGGCGCUCGAUGAGUACGAGGAGUUAAACGUCUGGCAGGUUAAUACUGCCCGGACACGGAUCACUUUUGUCUGAGUCCAUCCUGCUGGUGAGACUCAGCGUUCCGUGUGGUGAUCCCCGCCCCCCAAAAGAGCCCAUGGUGCCUUUGAGGGGAAAAGAGGACCCCCUCGUUUCUCCUGAACUACACUCGUUUUAUUCUUUUUGCUAAUAAAGUGUUUGUAGGUUGCUUUAUUCUAUUCA